AUGCUGGCAUUUCUUGAAGAUCACAUCAGCACAAUCACAUCGGUGGAAGAGCUAUGCAGCAUUGGCACAAGAUACAACCACAAGACGAUGGAAUUCCUUGUGGAGCAGAUGGUUGCCGCCAAAAGAUUGAUGGAAGGUGUGACUGAGGUGCCUGUUGAUGCACAGGACCUGUCCUGGUGGGCCAACCUGAAGGAGGUGCUUAAGAGGGCAAAACAUCUGCUGGAAGAGCACACCAGGGCAUUUGACAUUCGGCACUUCUACAAGGUUGCAAGUGUGGUGGGUGAGGUUGAAGCACUCUGCCAGGAUAUUGCCGGCGUUUUGGAUUGUUUGGGCCUUGAGGAGGCCCAUACCAGUAUCAAGAUCACUGCCACACCCAGCAGUGUUGACAAAGACAAGGCAUUCUUGGAGUGGUAUCUGCAGUGCGUCAUUGAGGGUGAAACCAUUGUGAUGGAGGACUCGCUGAGGGCUGAGCUGGAAAUUUUGCGAAUAGAAAAUGAGCAGAGGUCGGAAAGAAUGCACUUGAUUCCAGAGUCCAAAAUCAUUCUGGGCCAGCCUCUUGGCAAAGGCGGGUAUGCGCAGGUCCUCAAAGGUCGUUGGGCUGGCAUGGAUGUGGCCGUGAAAAGGCUUGCUGGUUCUACGGACAAGUUUCCCUAUGAUGCAGUUGCCGAAUUCCUGACAGAGGCUGAAAUCAACAUGAACAUGAGGCACCCAAAUGUGGUGGUGUGCUAUGCAGCAACAAAGUCCCUGUGCCUUGUUAUGGAACUCGCCGCUGGCAGCUUGCAGAAGCUCUGUGUUCAGCCAGAAAGGCUGAGCUGGGAUUGCAAGGCCAAGCUCUUGCUGCAGGCCUCUGAGGGUUUGAAUCGUGUGCACAGCAAGGGUAUCGUGCACAGGGACGUGAAGUCCCUGAACUUCUUGGUGUUUGGGACCUGUCCUGCGGACUAUGUGGUGAAAGUAUCAGACUUCGGUUUGGCCAUUGUCAAGACCGAGACCACCAGGUCUGUGACUGGCCUUCCGAAGGUACAGAGCUGGUACAGCAAGGUACAGAGCUGGUACAGCAAGGUACAGAGCUGGUACAGCAAGGUACAGAGCUGUGGAUGGCACCUGAGCUGUACGAGGGCCGGCCUCACACAAUGA